UUGUUUAAUCGUUGAACUGAUAAACUGAUAACCCUUUUUGCAAUUGAAAUUACCUACCUACGUACUUAAUUGCAUAUCUCAUCUUGAAAGCCACGUGUAUCGUGUUUCACGCUAUUUACCUGACAAUAAAAAUAUUAUUUUCAAAUGGAUGGUACGAUGUUUUGAGAUUAUAUCGAAGUUGCAUUGAAAGUGAAAAACGGUAUUUUUCCAUCAUGAAAAUUUCGAUCGUUCUUCUACAUCUUUUGUGGUUCCAGUGCAGCUUUUGGUCCGGAAAUUCAUUUAAUGGUAUACUCUGAUUUUUCAGGCUUCGAUUUGUUUUCAUAUUCAUCCACUGGAAAUGAAACGAUUUCUCUGAGCAACGUUAAGGAAAUCAACUCCAUGCUGAAAAAAAUCAUGAUCUAUUUUAAAAAUUCAAAUGCAUCAACAACGUCGUUACCAAUACCAGAUCCAUUCCAUCGUCCAGAUCACGAAUAUGGAGCAAUUAAAACUACCAACGUAACCGUUUGGGGUUUUUCGAAUUUGAAAAUAAACAACUUGACUUCCGAUUUGGUGGCGAUGAAGAUAAGCUUCGAUUUAUACUUACCAAAACUGGUCGAAACCGGACGUUACCUAUGCUGCGGCCACUUGUUCCAGCGUUCUGGGAAAUUUUCCUUAAACAUUAAAAAUGCUCAUUGGCAUUGUCACGGUGCCUUGAAAAUCACCGACUCGGGUCGCUUAGCUGUAUCAAAAAUCGAACUCGACUUGAAGCAUCGAGAUGAAAUAAAACCGUACGUAGAAGACGCUGGUCUCAUCAGUAUCCUGGUGAACAAUUUCGGCGACGUAAUAUUCGAAAGUAUAAAAUCAUACAUUCUAUCGGUAAUUAACGCAAAUAUUGAAAACUACGCUAACGAACAACUGAAACAUAUGAAAAUCAUGCUUCCUAAUUCUAUACCACCCAUUGACACAUUUACCAUCGAAGCUCGCAAGUUUGUGAAAAAAUCCCUAAACGAUCCGUAUCCUAUAUCGGAUUUCCUUUACACUAGCGAUGUACUCUUGGUCGAAGUUUCGCAGAUUUACAUCAACGGAAUAUCAUCUUUUUAUAGAACUGGAAAUAUUAACGUGUCGUUGGAAAAUAACAACGCAUUGCGUGUGAUUCUGAAUUUUGGUACUGGUCAGUUGAAAGGCGAUUGCUUAUGGGAAAUUGGAAUAUUAGGUCUGUACUCGAAAUAUGGAAGUGCGUUUUUCGACGUUGAUUACGUUAAUGUUUUUUUGAAUGUAAAGCAGUCUUUAGAUUUAUCCAAAGCACCUGUCAUCACUGAUAUGAAUGUUAAAGUGGGUAACAUCCAGUUAAUUUUAAAUGGAGGAAGUUUAUUCGAAUAUUCUGUCGAAUUCGCUGUAAAUUUAAUUAGCAAUUGGUUACGUAAUCAGAUUGUCAAACUGUUCAAGACUGAGAUAAUAGUCGAGGUUCAAGAAAUGGUCAACAAAAUCAACAUGGAGGAUAUUAUUUUCAAGUAUUUAAUUUCCGAGAGACCGAUGGCACCUAAAUGACUACCUACAUUCUGCAUCUAACCGCUUUGAACAUUUUUGUAUCAUACGAGUAGAUAGGUAGCGUUUCGAAGCAUUAUUCUAAAAGCUAUAUCUAUAUACUCUUAGUCUCCCGAUAGAUGACGUUGGUGAGCAGCUGCAUCAAAAGCUCUAAAUCAAAGCUACAAAUCUCACAAAUAUCAUACUGGCGAAUUGUAAACGAACCGUACCUUCUAUUUUCCCAUUUUCAAAUCCGAUAUGAUACAUUAUUAUAGGGGAUUCACUUUAAUCACGAUUUAUAUUUUUCACUUUUUCCUUCGCCAGUUUCGUCGUUAAAGUAAAUUUAAAUUUAAAGAGCAAAUUUUAAAUAACUUUCCUAGAUUCGUUUAAUUUCAACGAAUACCUGAGGUGAGGGAAAUUUAUAUCUGCAGUUUGAUAGAUUGCUGUAACAUGUAACCUCUUCGGUAGAUAGUAGUAAAUGUUUAGAAAGUUAGUGUACAAGUUUACGUGAUUAAUUUUUUGAAGAGAAUUUCCAACCCAUGUUCGCGUCGAGUUUAUCUUGCAAAAUAUUUUGAAAGUUCAAAAACCACGAGAUCGAUUGCUCGUUAAGAUUUUUUUUUUUCGUAAAAUGGUUCACAGCUCGGGAAUCUGAAGUCAAUAGAAAUACGUUUCAAAAUAUAUAAUUAGGCAUAUAUCAAACUGGCAACUGGUGAUUUUUUUUACUUUUUUUAUUUUUUUCUGCGGUUUUAUUGUAAGUUGAGCUACCAAAGCAUUAACAUAAAGACAAACCAAUGUAAACGAUAUUUCUGUAUUUCUGUUAAAACAUUCGAUUUUAUUGCUGAAUUAAAACUUGAAUGCUUACUGAAAAAUUAAAAAAUAUUUUUACAAUUUAUAAUCUUCUUAAAUUGUAUAAUUAAGUACCUAAGUAUACAAAGUAGGAAAUUACAGAAAUAAAUAGGUCUACCCAAGUUCUUUUGCCAUUAUUUUUGUUUCUUUUUCUGUUGAGAUGUUCAUGACGUCUCUUCUAAAUUUGUAAUUCCAGAAGUUUCCAUUUUUGUUCUUUCUUGCUCUCCUUCCUGCAAUUUGAUGCCUGUGGGUAGAUAUUUAAAAUAAUUUCGUGAGAAACGUUACCAUAUCAUGUCAAGCUGAGUGAGCAAAUAAAACAAUAAGUGAAAUAAUUUUCAUUAAAAAUGAAAGAAAAUAUUAAAGAAAAGAAAACUCGACUCUGAAAUCACCCUGAACUUUCAUACCAAUCUUUCAACUUUGUUUCGAAAUGACGUUUCUAUGUUUUCAAGGCAAAACUUGCCAAAUUUUCGCUACAAAUUUUGUCCAUUUGCGAGUGUCUGUUGAAAACCUUUCACAUGUUAAAUGAGAAUAAAAAAAUUACUACUUUGCAAGUUCCUUUACGCUUCUAGAAGAAAAAAAAAUCACAAUGGAUGCUAUUCUUAUUUAAAUUUAUUCGAGAAUUUGAUUAUUUUAAAUAUUGCCUGCGUUAUAACGAGUUAUGCAACUUUUUCGUCAUUUGUGUUCUGUUCGUUACCAGGAUUUUGUAUUAAUCAACGUUAAUUAUCUAAUUAGAUUAUUGGCCCGGA